AUGGAGUCUCGUUUAGAACCAGAACAGAAAAGCAAAGUGGAAAAAACUCAUAGUGAAGAUGCAGAGAAACAACAGGAGGAAAAUACAGAAAAGCUGGUGUGUGAUGGUGGUGUGGAUCUGUUUGAAGAUUCCAGAGUGGAGGAUGAGCUCUCAGCUGAAGAACUACAGAUGUUUGAACAGGAGAAUCAGAGGCUGGUGAGUGAGAUGAACAGUCUGGUGGAUGAAGUAAGACAGAUUGAAGGAAAGGUGGUAGAGAUUUCUCGGCUUCAGGAAAUCUUUGCUGAGAAAGUUCUGCAACAGGAAACUGAGAUUGACAACAUUCAUCAACUGGUUGUUGGUGCCACAGAGAACGUUAAAGAGGGAAAUGAGGACAUUCGAGAGUAUUUAACAGCUGUCCAGUCUCGAUUUCUGAGUGCAUGUGGUUCAGCAAUGAUGCAUGAGACACAGUCUCUCUUUAUAGGGACCCAACAACUUGGAAUAAAUAGGAUCCCCACUCUGUGGAAAACUUCCUGCUUGGUUCCUGUUCCCAAAAAGUGA